ACGGUGGGACAGGCUGCAGUGGGUAAAAAAAAUCGAAAACCUGUCGUCUGCUUCUGUGAACAUGUAUUUCAAAGUACGUGCUGCAACAAAAGAAGACUGCAAAGAAGUAUCGCGAAUGAUAAUGGAGUUGGCGGUUUAUGAGAAAAUGCCUGACCAAGUGAAGAUAUCGCAUGAAGAACUGGAGCAUGACGGUUUCUGCCAGAAUCCCUUCUUUGAAUGCCUUGUUGCAGAAGUACCUGAGGAGCAUAAAUCAAAUGAAGGAUUCACAGUUGUCGGAUACGCCCUUUACUUUUACACUUACAGUACAUGGAAGGGACGGGCAGUAUACUUGGAGGAUCUGUAUGUGAUGCCAGAAUUCAGAGGGAAUGGGAUUGGCAAGGGUUUACUGAGCAAAGUUGCUGAGGUGGGGAAAAAGAAGCAGUGUGUGCGGUUGCAGUUGUCUGUGUUGAACUGGAAUACUCCUACUCGAGAUUUCUAUGCGGCUAAAGGAGCUCAGGAUCUGACUGUCAGUGAAGGCUGGCACUUUAUACGAUUUGAUGGACAAAACCUGGACAAUUUAGCAAAUGAAGCACCUAAAGAUUAGUUUUUCAAGGAAAAUAUGCACACGGUUUGUUUUCUACUAUAAACUCUCACCCUCUGUAAAACAUUGGUAAAAUAAGCUUCAGUGCACUGAUUUGAAGCCAGUCAAAUUUACUAGGACCUACAUAUGAUUACCAGCCAUGCAGUCGUGGUAUUGUUUUCACCUUGUGAGUCUACGUCUGUUGUCAUCAUGGCAAAACAUGUUCCUGGAGACACCCUCUGUAGCAGGAACUAUGGGACAGUUUUGAGUUCUUGGUAGGUGUUUAUGUGUCCGUCUGUCAGAUAGAUUUUGUCACUGUGAUAGUGUCACAACGGUGCAAGAUACAGUCAGGAAACUUUACAGGUGUGAUGUUGAUGAUCAAAAACCAAAUUGAAGGCCAGGUUUGAAGAUGCGUACCCUUGUAAUAAUGUAGUAUUGAUUGCUGUGUACUCAUGGGUCAGAACAUCAGCAUGUUGACAGGCACCACGGCUGGUGUGAUCCCAAAACAAGAUUGUCUCUAGUAAAUAAAGAUGAUGGUAAAUUAUCAAUAAUGAAUUUGAUCUGAAUAAAUCCAAUCCCAGAUGUGAUACCACAUUUUUCCAGCAGGUGGCACAUAGAACUCCUCUUUUUCUGCACACUGAGGCCUGUACAAUCUACAUCAGAUAAUAGUAAAGUAGUAAGUCAGAGGAGCUUGAUUUGCUGCUUGGUCUUGGAAGAUGCCACUCUGUUGAAAAUAAUAAUAAUUUAAUUGAAUUAGUCAACUCUGAAUGCAGAGACUUAAUGGGCCAUACUUUCAGGUCUCUCCUGGUUAAUGGAGGCAAAGGAAAGGAGGAUGUGCAAACAAACUCAGUAACCGAAAACACUGUUAUUUGUUACGUUUUUUUUAUUGUUUUAUUACUAAUAUUGCCCAAUAGUUCUGUUCAUCACUCUAAUGGAAAUCAUAAUGUCAUUAAAAUUCUCAGUAUUGAGUGCAACAGUCACUGAAAAUUUAUUUUUGUAUAAAAUAUACUCAAAUCCACAGGAACAUAUGUAAAAUUACCCAUAAGAAAACUGUAUGACAGUACAUUUGAAAUUCACACACA